ACCACAAUAUGUUGGUGAUGGAAACUGAGUUGGCUGGUAGUGAUCAGAGAAAGAGGAGAUUCAUAUUUGACAGCAGGUGGAUAAAUUUGGAAGGCUUUGAGGACUGUGUGAAGAAGGCUUGGGGACAUCAGUGCCCUGGUCAGGCUCUUUACAAAUUUCAGAAAAAACUUCGAUCAGUUAAGUUUGAAUUGCUGGGAUGGGUGGCCACUCAGAAGUCCAACACUGCCAAGUUAAUAAAGGAAUGCAAUGCCAAAUUGGAAAUCAUGGGACAGCAAGGGGGUCACAGGGACUGGUUGCAAUGGGCAGAAUGUAAAUCAGUUAUUCAUAAAGCAUACAGAGAUGAAGAGGCCUAUUGGAAACAAAAAGCAAGAGUGACAUGGCUGAGAGAAGGGGAUAGGAACACAAAGUUCUUCCAGGCUUGUGUUAAACAAAUAUCUCACAGAAACAGCUUGGAACACUUGAUCAAAUUGACUGGAGAGCCUUGCAGAAGUAGAAGUGAAUCAUUAAAAGAAGUGGCAGAUUUCCUUACAAAGCUUUUCACCUCUGAUAAUCCUACUAUGGAGGCUGAAGUUCUGAUUGAUAUUCCAAAAUCUAUAUCUGAGGAAAUGAACAAGAAUCUCAUAAAGCCAGUGACUGAAGAGGAGAUUAGGCAAGCCUUGUGGGCCAUGGAUCCACAUAAAGCCCCGGGAAUUGAUG